ACGCAGGCGUUUGUUUUGGUUUCCAUAACGACCACAACAAAGAUGGCGUCGACGGCGUCGCGAGAGAAGCAUGUUUCCGCGGAGGUUUUGCGGGGACUCGCCCGGCAUUUAAACUCUCUCGGCGAAGACGACAAGUCGACGAGGAAGAGAGCCCUGGAGUCCAUCAAGAGGGAGACGGUGGAUAAAAAGCUCUCGGCUGUCGCCCUCCAGGAGCUUUUCUCAGCCCUCCUCAAGCCCCUCCUCAAGUGUCUGUCAGACCCGAUGGAAAGAUGCCGAGAAAUCGCUAUUUUGCUAAUAAGCGAGUUUAUUCGCUGCGUCCCCGAACCGCAGGAGUCGUUGCCUUAUCUCAUGCCGUGCUUGGCUCAGCGGUUCGGCGAUAAGGAGUUGCUUGAGCCGGCGGAGGAGCUUCGCUUGUCGGCGACGCGGAUGUUGAGUCUGACGGUGGAGGUGUGCGGAAAGCAGCUGGCGCCUUACCUGAACGAAAUGAUGAACAUUUUGCAGAGGACCGUGGUCGACCCUUUCCCCGAUGUCAAAAGAGAAAGCUGCAAAUGCACUGUGAACUUUGCUAAAUGCGUACCAGAGCACUUCCACAUGCAGGCUGAGAGUCUGGUGAAGCCUCUCAUGCAGACAAUCGCUCAUCAGCACUCCAAGGUGCGGGUGUCCGUCAUCGAAGCCACCGGCACGGUCAUUCAGUUCGGCACUGGGAAAAACGUGGACGACGUCCUCUCUCACCUGGCACAGAGGCUGUUUGACGACUCGCCGCAGGUGAGAAAAGCUGUGACCGUAGUCGUCGGUGAUUGGCUGCUCAACUUGCCGGACAGAUACUCUUAUUUCCACAAAGUCACUCCACUCUUGCUGAGCGGUCUUACCGAUGAGAUUCCCGAAAUAAGGCUUUUAGCGGCUGAUUUAUGGCGGCGGGUCGGCGCACAGUGGGAGAAGGAGAACGAGGACGACCUCAAGGACAAGAUGGACUUCCUCCUCACGCCGCCGCCCUUUUAUCCACCAGGAGUGGAGCGUCCAGGUCUGGGCUGUCGGGAGCUGGUGGUGAGGAAUCUGUACAGACUUGUGCCCGCCAUCAGCCACGACCUGACCGACUGGCUGGUUCCCACUCGGGUCAGAACCUCUCAGCUGCUGUCGGUGCUGCUGCUCCACGCAGAGGACCACAGCACACAGCACCUCCAGCCUCUCCUGGCCCUCCUCUACCGGGCCUGUACCGACUCUGAGAGGGAUGUGGUCCACAACUGCCUGGCCGCUGCUAAACAGUUGGGCACCUUCGUCCCACCUGAGGUCUUCCUCAAGCUGCUCCUGGAUCACGUCAACGCGCCCUCCUCCGCCUCCUACCCGUGGUCUGCCCUCAUGGUGCUGUGUGCCGUGCUGGGAGGAUGCCCCAAAGCUCUGCUGGUACCGCACCUGCGGCAGGUUGCCGACACACUGGCCCAGCCUGAAGUUUGCCAGGAAUAUCAUCAGGUUGCGUACUUGGAGCAGUUGCUAGCCUGCGUGGACGCGCUGCUGCGCCAGUGCGGUUCAGAGUGCGGCGCGGUCAGCCUGCAGCUGCUGCAGGUGCUGGUCACCGUCCAGAGCCUCUCCACGGAGCCUCACGUCAGCCAGAAGGCCCUGGAGAGCACACAGAUUUUGUGCGAGGUCCAGGGACUGGGCUCGGUGACGGAGCUCUACAGGCAACACGUGGCCCAACUGCUGGACUGGCAGUCUGCCUCUGUGGACUCCCUGUCCAUUUAUUCCCCGCAGCGACUCCAAAUACACAUCAUAGUGGUGCAAUCAGGUCCAGUUAUUGGAGAGUUCAUGAGCCAGUUGAUGCCCCUGCUGUGCAAGUGGCUCCAUCCCGGGCAAGACCAAGAGAUUAGGAUGAACAUCUUAACCAUGCUCGCCAAGUUGCUGCUGGACGCAGGCAACACGCUGGACUCCCAGGGAUUUUUUCGGGAUGGAUUUGAGAAUUUCCUGUCCGAGGUGAUUUUUCCGAACCUGUCGUGGCUGUCGGGCCGCUCUGCCGCCGCCCUGCGGACCGCCGCCCUCAGCUGUCUGCUGGCGCUGCUGCACGGAGGUGCCGUCACGCCCCAGCAGGUGCUGGCGAUGGAGUUGCCUCUGACCAGUGGACUGGCGCUGUGGAUGAAAGAAGAAUCUCCCAUGAGCCGACUGUUGGCCUGUCGCUCGCAGUCCGUCAUCCUCAAACUGGUGGGAUCCAGUCUGAGCGCGCAAACCCUCAACAGGAUCUACCCCAGUCUGCUGAGCCGUCUGGACGACAGCAGCGAGGACGUGCGGCGCGAGGCCCUGCAGGCUCUUGGCCUGUGGUUCUCCUGCCUGGGGAGCAACUACGACACGCAACUGUGCGCCUCGGACCUGCGCUUCGUCUUCCAGCAGCUCCUGCUGCACCUGGACGACGCCGACAGCUCCGUGCAGGACCGAGCGCUCGAAGUUCUGAUGGCGGGCAGCCGCGUCGUCCCGAAUCUUGUCAAGAAGGAAACGGAAGCCGUGAGGGCCAAACAUCGAUCGGUUCGAUACUGCGACCGAUUGCUGCAGCACAUCGACUCAAUCGGCCAACAGUCCGCUCACUAACCACAACGCAGUAGGAUUAUGAUUAUGAUGAUGAUUCAACAAGAAUUCAUUGAAGCCGCAGGUCUUGUUUGACUUUGCUCAUUUUUCAGCUUGUUGCUCAUCACUAGAGGCCAGUCUGGAUUUUUUUGUCUUUUUUUCUUUUUCCAAUAAGAAAGUUGCAAAGUAUCGAGAAUAAAGUCAUUUUGCAAUAAAGAUUUGUGACUUUUUGCGUAGUUUUGUCUUUUUAGCUUUUUUUUUUUUUUUCUUGCCAGAAAAUUCUAAUAAUGUUGGGGCUGCCUACACCAGCCACCGAUACUUCAGGGAAAAACAAAACAAAACUAACAUUGAGUAAGUCCUCCUCGCCAUUAGUUGGCGCUACACUGCAGCAUUUUGCCACAUCGGCGAAUCAUCACGUGCGUCUUUGUUCGCAAUGAUAUGUCAAUGUGUUAAUUGAAAUCAAAAGUACAACUGGUAUCGGUGAGUAGUCCAGCGUGAGUACUCAGACUGGCAUCGGUCUCACAAAAAAAAAAAGUGUUCUUCAACGUCCCUAUCCAUUACACAGUCGGCCCGUAUCACAAAAGUUAAGAUCUUUUACAAUUAAAAAGAAUCUGACUUUUUGUAGCUAUCCCUCCAUCUAUUGAUCCAUCUAUCUUCCAAUAUCGACGAUUCAUCGAUCUGUCUGUUGCCCCUUGAGGAACAUUGUGGUACUACACCAGCGACUCUUACUGAUAGCGUCGUCUGUUUUUAUUCCAAACUCCUGAGUGCACUUUGGAUAUGUGCCCACUGCUCCAGAGGUCAACUCUGUCCUUCUGUUAGUGGUUAAACAUUACACGCGUGGUGAUUA